AUGGCGAGCCCCAAAGUCGCCGGGCCCAGCCGCACCUACGCCGGGGUGUUCAUUUGCCUGGCCCGGGGGGAGGUCACCGAGGGCUCAUUUACUGUCCUCCAUGAGGGCGCGGCCUAUCGCGCCUUCUGGCCGGCGGGCGGCGUGCGGUGCCACCUGUGCCGCGAGUCAACACCACAGGCCCCGGCACCGGAGGCUAAGCCAGCGGCUCCCAAUGCUCCAGCCUCUGGCAGGGAGGGGGGUGAGCGUCCGGCAGGCCAGAAGGCGCAGAGAAAGACGCGACGCGUCAAGCCCGCCCAUGGGGAGACCACCCUAUCCCCUUCCCCGGAACCUAGCCCACGACCUACCCCGCCCCGGCACGACAAUGCCCCUGCGGCCGUGCCAGCGUCGCCCCGGCGCGGGACCCCUGACCCUCAAACCCCCGAACCUGUACCUGACCCUCGCCCCAAUGACACUACACCCACUCCCCACCCCGAUGGAGAAACCCCUCGGGCUUUAACACCUGGCCCGGGGGCCCCCGAGCCCGAGCCCUGCCCAACCCAGCCACGCCCUGGCACUAACCUGGGGGAGGCCACCGCUGUUCCGCCUCCUGCAACGGCCGUGUCUCCGGGCCCCGGAGAGGGAACUAGGCCCCUGCCCCGCCCACCCUCACCUGAUAAACCCGGGGUGGGGGGGGAAGUGACACGGCUGGCCCUCCCCACCUUGGCCACGCCCCCUGUCUUCCCCCAGCCGUUCGUAUUCCUGGAAAGGCUGGGGGGAGGGACCCCGGGCCCCAUGGCCACCGAGGCGGGCGGGGAGGGGAAGGCCCAGAAAUCCCCCCCGGUCUCUCUGGGGAAGAGGCACCGGCCCUCGGAGGGAAGGGACUGUCCUGCAGCGCGCCGGCGGUGCUGCCCCUCUCCGGGGGACGAACCUACG